AUGCCGAAACUCCCAUCUCCGUCUCCAUCUCAAUUUUCAAGCCGAACCCUGCGCUCCAGCUUUGCCCGCAGCUUUCCCAGAAAAUCCCCAGCGCCAGCGCCAGCGCCAGCACCAGCACCAGCACCAGCAUCAGCGCAUCAAUGCAUUCGCGCCUCCAGAUUCAGUACGGCAUCCGCCCCGUCCUCGCGGACACACGCACGCAUCCCUUUCACCAUUUCCCCAGCCCCAGCCCGGACAUACAAAACCGUUCAAGAGGCCAGAUCCCGCUACCGCUCCGGGCCCUUCUCCACGCUCGCUGGGGUGCUGUUCUUGGCCAGCGGGGCGGGACUGAUCUUUUACUUCCGCUAUGAGAAAGCGAGGAUGGAGAGGAAGAGGGUCGCGGAGGCUGCGAAGGGCGUGGGCAGGCCGAAGGUCGGAGGGGAAUUCGAGCUGAUUGAUCAGAGAGGCGAGGCUUGGGGGAGUGAGAAGAUGAAGGGAGGGUAUAGUCUGGUCUAUUUCGGAUUCUCCCACUGUCCCGACAUCUGCCCCGAAGAACUCGACAAGAUGGCCCAAAUGAUCGACCUCGUCAACGCCUCUCCACUCCUUUCCCCUUCCCCUUCUUCCGCAGACCCCUCACGGGGAUCCGCAUCUUCUUCUGGCCUUCCCCCUCUCCUCCCUCUGUUUAUUACCUGCGACCCGGCGCGCGACACCCCUGCCGUUCUCGCAACCUACCUCUCGGAGUUCCACCCUUCGAUCGUGGGCCUCACCGGCACCUGGGAGCAGAUCAAGGAUGUGUGUAAAAAGUAUAGAGUCUAUUUCAGCACGCCGAGCGGUGUGAAGAAGGGAGAAGAUUACCUGGUCGAUCACAGUAUCUACUUCUACUUGAUGGAUCCGGAGGGUGACUUUGUCGAGGCGAUUGGGAGGCAGCAUAGUCCCGAGGCGGCGGCGCGCAUCAUUUUGAGUCAUAUUGGGGAUUGGGCCAGGGAGAAGAGGUAA